CUCCACGUGGAACGGAGGAUGUUAUCCCACAAACUAUAUUCCAGCUACGGCCAUUCCAGUUGCCCAAGGGAACUUGGUCCAGUCUCGCGUCCCCCUAGUGGGUGGUAUCCCACCGGAGCGAGAAAGCGGGGUGAAACACGAAUCCCCUCUUGCAACCUGACAUCCCACAAAACCUUAUCCGGAUCAACAACCUGGAGCGACAUUGCGGCCCCCAUCCUGGCUCUCUACCUCAAUGACAGUUUCGUGCUCACAUUGUGGGCGUGCAUUCGUGCGCAGCGAGCAUCUGACUAGACAUGUCGACUCUGUGCAUAAACGCGAUCGAGUUUACACUUGCAAUGUUUGCGGCAAGGAGUUCAACCGCUCGGACAGCUGCCGUAGACAUCAGCAAGCCCACAAGCGUGCUGCGAGCGAAUCCAAGACUACUCGCGGGGAACGGACGCGGAGGGCAUGCCACAGUUGCGCAAUCGCACGAACGAGAUGUUCCGGUGGCGAGUGCUGUGAACGGUGUCGAGAGAAGCAACUGCAUUGUACAUAUGGCCUGGUUCACCUGCAGCAUCCCACAGCGACCACGACCGAAGCCAAUGCUUCCGGAACAGCACCUGCGGGUGCGACUCCAUCAACCAGUGCCAAUGUCACGGGAGCGUCAGGCGCUUACCUAAGUGGUGGUUCAGUCGUCGGACCUGGUGCUGUUCUUCCUCUCAACGCCUCGACCAUACGCGGGCCAGUCGAUGAUGGAAGCGAUGGUGUUCCGCGACUGGAAUCGGAAUCCCAGCGGCUUGAAUACGAUGACGCCUUCCCAGAGAACGUAGACACUGGCCUAGACCAACUUCCGUGGUCGGAGAAUAUGAACUGGCUCCCUGUAAGCAACGGCGCGGACCUCGCUAUGCUGGAAGAGUUCGAGCUAUCUACGGCAAUUACUGGCUCAGCGUGGGUAUUGCCGGGUGUCAUCAACGUGAACUCACCCCUCACCUCAACUUCAUCUACGACGGAUGUGACGAACAUCGCACCCUCUCGGAGGAAGGAUUCUGAGUCACGCUAUGUAGACGGUCAUGGCGCUCGAAAGUCCGUACAGAGAGCCAAAAAGCUGUCCAAAGCGCCUGCAGAGACUUCGUGGCUAAGAGACGAUACAUUCUCUUUUCCUCAAGCCGUGGCACGAGCUUUUGAUGAUCCCACGAACGAGGACGAGAUCGUCGACCACCAAUCCUACAACACCAUCCUGCGAUACUUUCAUUCACUCUGCGUGAGUGAGACUACUCUUUGGAAGCCCUUUGAUGCAGCUAUAUUCCCUGGACGCAGUUACCUGAACCGUUGUAUGACGCUGUUUCUCGAACACAUUACGCGACACGUCGCAUUGAUUCACAGCACAUCCUGGGCGCAGAGGGCUGUGCCAUGGCCCGUACUGCUUGCUUGCAUCACCAUAGGAGCCACAUUUGAUGAAGAGGGUAAAGCUCAGGAAUGUGCGCACGCUUUUCGCGAAUUCCUCCGACGAGUGGUUCGUUGGUGUCUAGAGACGGAUACAGCUCUGGAUCGUAUGCCGCUGGUGCAGACCUGCUUGCUUCAUACCAUCGCGCAAUUCAACGCCUCUUCGGAUGAUAAUAGCUUGUCGGCAGUGGCAGAUCUCAGGCUGGCCAUGUCAUUGUAUCAGGCUACGUACAGAGCACAGCCACUCGACCAGAUUGAUCCAUCGCAAACAGAACUUCUAUGGGCCGCAUGGAUACAUGAGGAAACGCACAGGCGACUGCGGUGGUUUACGUGGCUAACAGAGAUGGUGCUGAGUGCUACGAGGCGUCAUGUCGUGGCGCCACCAUUGCCUACAGACAUUGGCCGACUGCCUUGUGCCAUGGUUCUGUGGAAGGCGGACAACAUCUGGACUUGGAACGCAGCAUUCGACAACGUUGGACAAGGCCCAGAGUUGCUCGAAAGUCUGAGCUCUUUAUACAUCAAACAUCGAAUUCCGAAUCUGGUUGACACGACACAGAACAUCCUGCUGACUUAUGCUAUCAUCGCGCGGACCGAAGAAGUAGCUACUACCGCUCAGCAAGCUCUGCACGACUGGAGUCCCACGCCCGCGGACGGAGACAAUGAAGUUGGCAGUGAUGACGGAGAAGGAGGAGAGAGUACAGGUGCCAAAGAUCAAUGGCUACCCGCCAACUCUACAUAUGCUGCAUGGCGUAACAGUGCCUGCGACUGUUUCGAUCUGCUUCAUUGGCAGGCGAACAGCGAGAUUCACGCCGCGAAGGGCUUCGAAGGGCCCGCGAUCCUCCACUUGCACCUAGCACGCCUGCUAUUGCUGUGCCCAUACCGUGACUGCAUGUCACUGGUAUCGGAGCUCAGUCGACGCCAUGCGGCUGGUGCAGAGAAUGUAUCAGCCACACAGCUUACAGCCAACAUCGUCAAAUGGCUCACGUUGGACGAUCACAAAGGCCGACUGAGCUUAGUCCACGCAGGUGCAAUAUUCUGGUACAUACGACGAUACUCUCUUGCGCUGCAUCACGAGCCUUUCACGAUAUACGUGGCUACAAUCAUACUCUGGACUUAUGGUCUCUACGUGCCACAAGUACGCAGUGCUCUUCUGGCUAUUAAAGACUCUCGAAACAGACGCCACAAUGAACGACAACAGGAUUCCAGCUUACAGAAUGAUUCGCACCCAGCAAGCUCAGAAGAGAGCGAGGAUGACGAUCUCAUCCCCGAUACAAUACUGAUCGAUAGACCCUGCGACGACGAGAUCAUUCAGGCAUUUGUUCGUAAAGGUCAUGCAAUGACAGCUGAGAUGUCUGGCGCUGGAGACAUUUGUACCCCACGGGGCCUGCGUCGAGUUCUCGAAGAAGGAAUCAAGUUGCUCCGCCGUUCACAAUACAUGAGUUAUGAUAAAGCUCGUGAGUACAGUCAGAAUCUGCACAAGCUAGCACAGCGUACUUGAUAUAGCAAACAAAUCACGCCCGCCAUCU